CCAGUAGCUGACAUCUCCAUGUCACACCUCGCCUGAUGCACAGCCUCCAUGCAGGGAGCCAAUCGCUCAGCGGUGACUGAAUUCAUCCUCAUCGGCUUCUCCAUCUUCCCUCACCUGCAGCUGAUGUUCUUCCUGCUGUUCCUGCUGAUGUAUCUGUUCACGCUGCUGGGCAACCUGCUCAUCACGGCCACCGUCUGGAGCGAGCGCAGCCUCCACACGCCCAUGUAUCUCUUCCUGUGCGCCCUGUCCGUCUCCGAGGUCCUGUACACCGUGGCCGUCAUCCCGCGCAUGCUGGCCGACCUGCUGUCCGCCCACCGCUCCAUCACCCUCCCGGCCUGUGCCGGCCGGAUGUUCUCCUCCUUCACGUUCGGCUUCACCCACUCCUUCCUGCUCACUGUCAUGGGCUACGACCGCUACGUGGCCAUCUGCCACCCCCUGCGCUACCACGUGCUCAUGAGCCCCCGUGGCUGUGCCUGCCUGGUGGGCUGGUCCUGGGCUGGUGGCUCAGUCAUGGGGAUGGUGGUGACCACGGCCAUUUUCCAACUCUCCUUCUGUGGACCCAAUGAGAUCCAGCAUUUCUUCUGCCACGUGCCACCACUGUUGAAGUUGGCCCGUGGAGAUGACGUACCCUGGGUGGCCAAGGAUGUGAGCUUGGUGUGCAUCACAGCUCUGGUGGGCUGCUUCCUCCUCAUCCUCCUCUCCUACGCCUUCAUCGUGGCCACCAUCUUGAAGAUCCCAUCUGCUGAAGGUCGGCACAAGGCCUUCUCCACCUGUGCGUCCCACCUCACUGUGGUGGUCGUGCACUAUGGCUUUGCCUCUGUCAUCUACCUCAAGCCCACAGGUCCCCAGUCUGUGGAAGGAGACACCCUAAUGGCCACCACCUACACGGUGCUCACACCCUUCCUCAGCCCCAUCAUCUUCAGCCUCAGGAACAAGGAGCUGAAGGUCGCCCUGAAGAAGACCUUCCUGAGCAAACUCUACCCACAGAAAAAUGUAAUGAUCUGAGAGAAAUUCCUUGGAAACAAUGACAUUGGAUUACCAAAUGCUACUGUUAAAAAUGACACUUCAUGAACCUAUAUUCAUCUGGUGCAUUAAGGUUUACAGGACCCUUGUAGACAGCAUACGAAUGUAUACACAAGGGCUAAUCAGCACCAGGGAGGUAUUGGGGGUGGAAGGAUGUGGGAGAUAAUAACUCAGAGAAAAUCAGAUUGGUUUGAGUCCUACCUGCUGUAGGAUACUUUGUCAGUUAGCGACACACCUGAAAUCUGUUCUCUUCCUGCCAAAACCCAGGGUCAUCCUAAAGACACAACUUGGCAGUGCAGAGAAAAAUGGAAGUCUUCAUGCACCAGGCUCUGUUAGGCAGCACUGGGUAGCUACAACUUGGAUUUUUUAAGGCUACCCCAGAUUAUAGCAGAGGAGGGCAAAGCACCCUAAAUUUCAGCAUCGCACAGAUCCGUGUAAUAGAAGUUAGGAACAGCAAUAAGCAGACUCCCAGAAAAAGCUGAGGAAAUCUUGGCCUUUCAAGUGUGAACCUUGAAUAGUUGCAGAGAGACAGAGAUGUCUUCACAGUUCGUUCAAGAAAAAAAAGUUCUGCUGUGAGAUAUGGGCUGCUGUGUUAGCACAUGGGAGAGUGGGGAAUUCACUGUUAAACCAGAACAGUGAAUGCAGAGCCAAGGGUGAAAGUUUAUCUCGUGGUCCUACGGGCAGCACAUUCACCCAUUUGUUGAUAAGAAGGGAUUUAAGGUUGACCCUGCUACAAAGUAUUGACAAUUUGUUGAAAAUAGGUGUUUUCAGGUUUAAGUUGAAUAGUAAACUAUACAUCAUUUGUCCUAAAGUGUGAAUUCAGUCUUUCUCUAUCACUUGAGCAGCAAAAAGAAUCCCAGAUUCACAUGAAGUAGGAGGAUGUAGGAAACAGUUUAAGUCAAACCCAGGAAACACAGAGAAGCCCCUUUGCAGAAAACAUGUUGCAUUUCAUGCUUCUUGUUACUUCUCUUGCUCACUGUGUCAUUACAGCCUCACAUGGUGGGAUGAGAACAAAGGCUCUUUCAUUAAACUGAGGCUCAAAAGGUGCAUGGCUCAUCAGAGAUCACAAAACUUGGAAAAGCCAGGCUUCCAAUGUAGGUUAUUUUUAUUUCAAGUCCUUUUCAUUCAACACUUCAUGCAUUGUCUUCCUACAGUGGGUUUUGUGGCUCCUAAUUCCAGGGGGGUUCCAGCAUAUGCAACCCACCAUGCACUGAUGCAUGCAUCCUUGGAAUGCUGGUGGAAUGUUUCUAUAAACUCAGGAGUCCUUUGUGAUUUUAAAAUAAGUUUAAGUCUUAGACAUCAUCAUUCUCAUGACUGCUCUAUUUUGUUGUGUCAUAAUCCCUAUCACCUUCUAAUUUGCCAUAUGUAGUUUACUUAUUUUAUCAUGUUUAUUGUCAUGUAUCCUUCCUCUAGAGUAUAAGCACAAAGAAGACAGGGAUUUUGUGUGUUUUUAAUCAAUGCAACACAUUACCAGCACCUAAAAUAGUGCCUGGCACAUAGGAAAGACUCAGUAAGCACUUAUUGAAUAAAGUGGAUCUCCUACACUAAAAAAAAGUUUUAGUCUUGGAGGGAUUUUUGCAUAAGUUCCACACAUUGAGCUAAGAAGAUGGUUUGUCAAAUAUUAGAUGAAAAUAUGCAGAUGGUUUCAUUUCUGGGUUCUCAGUCCUGUUCCAAAGGUCUAUAUCUCUG